CGGCCACAACAAACCACACCAAUUCCGCCACAACCCGCCGCCGAGAUCUCUCGACCGACUCCGGCAGCCGCCGCCGGAAGCAGCAGCAGCCGCCAGGAGGGGAUCGCGAUCCAAGGGUUCAAGAUGCAGAUCUUCGUGAAGACGCUGACGGGCAAGACGAUCACGCUGGAGGUGGAGUCGUCGGACACGGUGGCGAACGUGAAGGCCAAGGUGCAGGACAAGGAGGGCAUCCCGCCGGACCAGCAGCGGCUCAUCUUCGCGGGGAAGCAGCUGGAGGACGAGCGCACGCUGGCCGACUACAACAUCCAGAAGGAGUCGACGCUGCACCUGGUCCUUCGCCUCCGCGGAGGCGGCAAGAAGCGCAAGAAGAAGACGUUCACCACGCCCAAGAAGGCCGCCCACGAGCACAGGAGCGUGGGGCUCACCGGCGUGCUCGGGAGGUACCGGGUCGACGAGGCGGCGGGGAAGGUGGAGAGGCUGCGCAGGGAGUGCCCCAACCCGGAGUGCGGGCCCGGGACGUUCAUGGCGGCGCACGCCGACCGACACGCCUGCGGCAGGUGCGGCCUCACCUACGCCGUCGAGAGCCGGAGCGCGGCGGAGCUGGCCAAUUAGCUAGCUAGGUUGCUUAAUGUGUUUUGGGAGUCAGGUAGUUCAAGCUAUCGUGGUGUUUUUGCAUUUUUAGGGUGUCACUGUUUAGUUCUUUAUUUCUGUGAUAUGGAUCAAGGAUUUUUUUUAAAAAAA